GACGAGAGAUGCACAACAACAAUAAUCCUAAUAAGCUGAAAAAGUAAAGAGUUAAGAAGAUAAUUAGUUUAUACACACUGCGUUUACUGGGCUCUGAAAUUGUGCUCAAUUGCACAGUGUGCGGGCAGGGUAGAGAUUCUUCUGUCUGCUAUACAAGUAAUAUAGUUCUACCGACUUUUACAAUGGGAGAAGAGUUGGAUACUGAGCAACAGGAGGAUAUGAUGGAAAGAAGUUAUUCGCAAACUAUGCAAAUUGAUCCGAAAAGGGCUCGAUUUCCUUGCUCGAUUGUGUGGUCACCACUUCCUGUGAUCUCGUGGUUCAUUCCUUGCAUCGGGCACGUUGGCAUCUGCAGAGAGGAUGGAGUAAUAUUGGAUUUUGCAGGGCCUAAUUUUGUGUGUGUAGACCAUUUUGCAUUUGGAGCCGCCACUCGCUAUUUUCAGAUUCCCAAAGAAAAGUGUUGCAUACCUUUGGGCCAGUCUGCGUACAAUGGUGAGGAAGACUACACGCAGGGAGAAAAUAGAGUAGAUUUAAGGACUUGGGAUGAUGCACUGAGGAAAACCACUCAAGAAUUCCAGCAUCGAUCUUACAAUCUCUUUACCUGCAACUGCCACUCGUUUGUUGUCAAUAAUCUAAACAGCAUCCUGCCCCACAUCUUAUUGAUGCCAAGGCAUUCAGUCCUACGUCUCUGUAACAGAUUGAGGUUGGUAUAUAUGGACUUUGAUUGGCGUUGGUCAUUCACAAACUGCGUUUUACGUUUGGAAAUACGAAGGGUGCUGCCAUCCUAUUCAUUGAGUUUUGAAUUGGACUUGGAUAUUUUUUUAGUAAUCAAGCUAUUCUGACUUUCACGAACUUGAAAAAGCACUGAGCACAAGUCUGCCACAUAUAAAAGAAAGACACUUCAACAUUUCGCAGGAAUACAAGAGUAGUGGGAUGUGCACCCUUGAUUGCAGCACCUACGAAGCUUUUUCUUAUAGCUUUUAUUUGCACUUGUUUUGUUAAAUCACAAUGUCAGUAGCGAGAACAUAGUCUCUGUUGUGCGAAAUUAAACAUUGCUAUCUUGUAGUUAUUUUAAAAUAAAUCCUUUUAAUGAUGAAAAAGGGGGGCGCAUCUUUGUGUACAAUGGUGCAUGAGCAUGACCCG